GUUUGGGGCUAUAUUAACACUGCCAUAAGGAUAACACUAGCGAUUGUGAGGACGAUCGCCGAUCGCCGAUCGCCGAUCAAUGAUCACUACUCGCUGAUCGCUGAUCACCACCGUGACUGCGCCUUCCUCCCAUUGUUGGUUCUUCGCGCUUGGCGCCAACUCCGCGCGAUGAGCUGCAAAACGGAGAUUGUUGCUUGGCCCUGCACGCCCCUCACCGCGGAGAUGCAUAUAUACCAGACUAUAUAUGUGUAAAAAAUUUAAAUGAAACUUUUCAUUUUGAUAUGCUCAGCCCUUUUCGCCAUUUCGCACAAUAAGAACUUCUCUGCAUCGCUAAAGCUUCCCAGGAGCAGUCGCAGCAGUGGGCGCGGCACGAGUCCCCUGUCAGUAAUAAGCCGUUCUGAAAGGCUCAUUUUCACAAAGAGGAAGACCCCGUGGAGCCCCCGGGGGAUGUAUUUUAUCCGCAACUCAUUUCAUCGCAAGGGGUACCAUUUUUUUCACAACGGACACGUGGCCAAGGCAAAAGCACUUCAGUGCAGCAUGGAGACGAGUAGCAGCCUGCCCAAAUGGGACAUGCCGCCCAAGGAGGGCAAGAAAAUAACGGGUUUGCUGGUGAACAACUCCCUGACGCGGAGCAAGGUGGAGUUCGUUCCGCAGGAGAAGAACCAAAUAAAGUGGUACGCAUGCGGACCGACGGUGUACGACGCGGCGCACCUGGGCCACGCGAGGACCUACGUGAGCUUCGACAUCAUCCGGAGGAUCCUCGUGAAUUACUUCAAGUACGACGUAUUCAUGGUGAUAAACAUAACGGAUAUCGACGACAAAAUUAUUAAAAGAAGCGAAGAGGAGAAGGUAAGCUUCACAGAGCUAGCCAGAAAAUGGGAAUGCGAAUUCUGGGAAGACAUGAAAAAGCUGAAUGUCCUCCUCCCGACAGCCAUCACCAGGGUCAGCGAAUACGUAGAUCAAAUUAUUCAUUAUAUAGAAAAAAUUAUUGACAAUAAAUAUGCCUAUGUGAGUGAAGAAGGUAGUGUAUACUUUGACAUUGACGAGUUUAAAAAAAGUCCGAAGCAUUUUUACGCCCGCAUGGAGCCACUCUCUGUGAAGGACGAAACGAAAAUUUUGGAAGGGGAAGGAGAUUUAGGAGUCAUAUCAAAGAAGAAAAAAAAUGCGUACGAUUUCGCCCUGUGGAAAUCCUCCAAACCGAAUGAACCUUAUUGGGACUCUCCUUGGGGAAAAGGCAGACCCGGAUGGCAUAUAGAAUGUUCAACAAUGGCUAGUAACAUUUUAGGAAGCGUCCUUGACAUUCAUAGUGGGGGAGUGGACCUUCGAUUCCCACACCAUGAUAACGAAUUAGCUCAAAGUGAAGCUUUUUUUGAUGCAAGUCAGUGGGUGAAUUAUUUUCUCCAUUCGGGUCAUCUACACAUAGAAGGCUUGAAAAUGUCAAAAUCGUUAAAAAAUUUUAUAACAAUAAAACAUAUGCUAAGUGAGUAUACCCCCAACCAGAUUCGUAUUUUAUUUUUACUAAACAAGUGGGAUAGCUUCAUGAAUUAUAGCCCCAAUGGAGAAAGCAUGGUUCAGUGCGUAGAGAUUGACAAGUUCGUUUUUAACUUCUUCGCCCUACUCGAGAUGAAGAUAAAAAACUUCCACCUGACUAACUCCAAUUUGUUCUGGACCCAAGUGGACGACAAUCUUAACAAGCUAUUCCGUUCGACAAAGAGCAAAGUGCAUCAGGCUCUGUUGGAUAACUUUAACACGCCUGAAGUUAUUCUAGCACUGCAAAAGCUAAUCACCGAAAUUAAUAUAUAUUUACAAAAUGAGAAGAUUCAAAUUGGGUUACUCUUGGAGCUGAAGCAUUAUAUCUCCUUCAUUUUGGAUACCUUCGGGUUGGUGUAUGGCCAAGCGCAAGGUGAGAAGAAUGACAAGUUUGAUGAACUCCUCCACACGCUUGGCACGUAUAGAAGCAACAUUCGGACCACACUGCAGAGCAAUGCUAAACUGAUUAGGAAAAUUACCAAAGAGACAAAAGAUGCCACCAAAAAGGGAGAACAAGAAUGUGAAAGCAGUGCUGCUGCCCAACAGAGGGAUCUACUCUACGCCGAGUUUGUUAACAGUGUGAAGGCUAACAAUGAGACGUUAUUGAAGGAAUGCGAUUUGCUACGAGAUGAGCGGCUGCUAAACCUGGGCAUACUCAUCGAUGACCGACCCAACAACGAGUUCGUCGUGAAGCUCCUCGAUGAGAACCAGCUGCAGCAGGAGAAGCGGAAGCGCGAGCAGGAGCUCAGCAAGAGGAAGGGCAAAAGUGACCAGAACGACAAGCGGGAGUGAUCAGUGGGAAGCGGUGAACGUGCCCAGCAUGGCGAGUGCUCCACGUUGGCCAUCAGGGGCGGUUGGAGUGGUGAGGAAGCCCUUUGGGGAGAAUGUUUUUUUGCACAUUAAAAAUGAUGAAAAGUGUUUUGUCGGUAUCGUCAUAUUUGCCCGUUUAGUUAUCUUUGCCCGUUUCGUCAUAUUUGCCGUUUCGUCAUCUUUGCCCUUUUUGUCAGUUACUGCCAUUUUUUGCCAUUUUUUGCUAAUUUUUUGCCAAUUUUUCCAAUUUUUCCCAUUUUUUUCGA